GUUCAAUCUUUGUAUUUAUCUUUGUUUGCAAGCAUUUUAUUUUGUAUAAAGAUCCGCAGUUUAUUAAUUACUAUACACGCAUUGUGUAUCAAAAUUCAAUUUCAAGUGUAGGAGAAUUGGAAUUCGAGAAACAGUUUUUUUUUGUUUACAUUUUCAGUUAUUCUCCAAUUCCAAAGUAUCUGAUAAUAUUUUCGCACCAAUUGUUAUUAUACAUUUAGGCUGUCCUCUGCUAGGUUAGAUAAUCAUCAAAUUUGAUGAAAUAUAAAAGUAUAAUGAAUAAUUUAAGUCCUUCUGAACGAGUAAACAAGCGUAAGGAAGAGAAAGAAUUGCAAAGAAAAGUUCAAGAAAUGGAUAAUCCAUGUCUAAAGGAACAUUAUUUAAGCCUAGGCUGUCUCGAAAAGAACUAUUACGUGCACAAGAAGUGUGUUCUAUAUUUUGAAAAUUACAAGAAUUGCAAAAUCUUUUGGAACAAGGUGAAGGUCGAUCGUAAAUUACAUGGUAUCACUCCACAUCUUCCAUUGCCAGAAGACAGAAGUAAAAUAAAAGCAGAAUACCUGAAGUCGCUGAACAAGUUGUAAUACAUCUCCUACAUCUUUUUCCUUGGACAUAUCCAACCAGUGUACAGUUUGUGUUUAAUUUUGCAGGAGUAAAAAAUAACUUUAAAAGCAGUUGCUGUAAGUUUAACAAUCUAGUUUCUGUAAACGAAGGAUUUCUUGCAAUAAAAAUAUUAUCAAAAUCAA